GAGAGAGAGAGAGAGAGAGAGAGAGAGAGAGGGCAGUUCUCUGGCGUGCACUCUUGUUGUUCUUGCUAUAGCGUCACUGUUGCUUGAUCUCUGGCAGUCCAGCUGUGUUAGAGGGGCUAUUGCACCAGUCAGUGAAAAGAUACACUAACCCCUGGACGUACACAAAUGGACAAAAGUUGGAUUUUUCUCUACAAAACUUUUUUUCUCUUUCUUUUGGGAUUUCUUUUUUCACAGGGUCCAUUGAAGUCUAUGAUCACAGAUUGCUCCAGGGCUGUGGAUAGAGUGGACAGAUCUAUCAGGAACAUGUCAAGACCUACAUUGGAAUAAUGUUAUUUAAACUACUGCACGCUUCAGACAAGUGUAAAGUGUCAUCAAUAUGUGGGUAUAAGUGACAAUUAGCUUUGAGCAACAUUGUGACGCAAGAAUGCUGCAGAUUUGGGAGUUUGGGGAUCCCUCCUGUGUGUGACUGACUUGUGUAUAAAUAUGGAUAUCACAACAGUGGCCAGUCUGACCAAUGGCACUGAUUCGUACCACCCAGCAGCAGGGCCCUGGAGCCUGGUGGUGAUAGUGCUGAUCAUCCCCACCAUUGUGGUGGGAAACCUGCUGGUCAUCAUCGCUGUGGCGCACACGUCACAGCUCCAGACCACCACUAACAUCUUCAUCAUGUCUCUGGCCUGUGCCGACCUUAUCAUGGGGGUCUUUGUGGUCCCUCUGGGAGCCACCAUAGUGGUGACGGGGAACUGGCAGCUCAGUGAAGUGUUCUGUGACUUUUGGACAUCAGUGGAUGUCCUCUGUGUGACCGCGAGUAUCGAAACUCUGUGUGUGAUUGCAGUGGACCGCUACAUUGCUAUCACAAGGCCACUGCGGCACAAGGUGCUGCUCAACAAGCUGCGGGCCCGUGUCAUAGUGUGCUUGGUGUGGUUAGUGUCAGCACUAAUAUCAUUUGUACCAAUAAUGAAUGGCUAUUGGCGAGCCAACGACGAUAAAGAAGCUAUAAAAUGCUACAAUGAACCUGCAUGCUGUGACUUUGUAACCAACAUGCCUUUUGCUAUCAUUUCCUCUACAGUCUCUUUUUAUAUUCCACUUCUAAUAAUGAUUUUUGUCUAUGCUAAAGUGUUUUUGAUAGCAAAACGACAGGUACAGCUUAUAGACAAGAACAGACUGCGUUUCCAACAUGAGGGUUCAGGACAGCUACAAGUGGGACGCCAAAUAAAUAACAUACUGCCUUCUGCAUGCGCACCCUACAGUGGCUGCAACGCCACCAAAAGGAAGAGUACCAAGCGCAGGCCCUCCCGGCUGAUGCUGGUGAAGGAGCACAAGGCGCUCAAGACUUUAGGUAUCAUCAUGGGGACUUUUACUGUCUGCUGGCUGCCCUUCUUUGUGGCCAACAUUAUCAAUGUGUUUUACAGAGGCAUCCCAGACUGGAUCUUCAGACUCCUAAACUGGUUUGGGUACAUCAACUCAGGCCUUAAUCCCAUUAUUUACUGCAGGAGCCCAGAGUUUCGAACUGCUUUUAAGAACUUGUUGGGUUGCCCCUGGCUGUCCACGUUAUGGCUCAACUCUUUGUAUAAAGAGCUUCAGACUCGCUGCCCUUGUUUUCUUUGGGAAGCAGAGACGGGCAAUACUCGUACCUUCCAGAAACCUCCCAAUGGAAUGACAGAGGGCACUGAGAGCCUGGCCAGCACACUGGGUAGCUAUCGGAGUGAAGAGGCAUCAGCUGGUCCUCCACAGUCUAAUGGGAGCACACAGUACAGUGAUAUAUCAGAACCAGGAGCGUCAUGCUUUACUUUACAAGAAGCGGAUGAAUGAGGACGGUGUUUAAAAUAACAUCAAUCCUUUAAUGGUUCCUUCAUGACCACUAGCAAAACACUAAGGAUGUCUUGAAGAAAAGAGGAGCGCCUAUCUGCUGAACGCAUCUUAGCACAUGACAAGCCUUGAACCAGCUGACUAAAUCUGGAAACAAACCUGACUAAACCUGGAACAAGGUGAAUCUAGGAAUAACUUUAAAGUAUUGUGAGAAUAAAAGGCUUUACAAAUGUCUGACUUUUAAAGUAUUGUUAUUUAUGACUUAAUAUACCAAAGCAGACGGAUGGGAAGCAUUUGACACAAAUGCUGAAAAAUAAACUGUCCCUUCACAUAUUUAAAUCCAGUCUUAAUCUUCAUAAUAUUUUGAGCCAUAACUCUGUAUCUGCACAAUCUUUUUUUUAAUUUCAUGUUUUGUAUGAGUCCUAAAGUCUCUGUUAUAACAUACAGUACAAUGGCUAUGAAUAUUUAUUUUUUAGACAGGCUCUAAAAGCAGCAGAUCUCCAAAGGUACAGUAAAACUGCCAAAUAAUGCUUACUACAAGAUGAAGUUCUGUCACAAAAACAGAAAACUUAUUGUAUUGUAAUUGAAACAUUUUUCAUAAUUCAUCAUUGGUUUUAAUAGUACUGGCAUCAGUGUUGCAUUGACAUUGAAAACAAUUGAAAUAAAAAAUGACUCCUGUAUUAUGUUUUGGACAUUUUGAUAAGAAUCUCAAGUGAAAACUUGAGCUCCGAUGAAUUAUAGGUUGUAUAGCUUUACAUCUUCCAAGGAACAAUGUUGAUCAGGGUUAGAUCAGCAAUGCAGAACAUGUUUGAAACUGUGAAAAAUAGAUCUUGCUUUUGGGACCACUAAAAUAAUGCAGUGAAUCAGCCCAAUAACUUGAGAUGGGAGAUAUCCUGUUCCAAGUUAAAGUCUAAGCUUAUCAGCUCAUUCCUACAUUUCUGUAAACGCAACUAGAUUGGAACCAAAGCCAAACAUUAUUUUACAGAAACCGCCACUUUCGAGGGAGAGUGCUGAUAAGAUACAGGCUCCCAAUAGGAACACUAAAAUAAACCACUUUAUAUUCCAAACAUAAAACAUUAAGUGAUUGAAUCUGAAGUCACCACAGUGAAAAACAGAGUAGGUGGUUUAAACAUGGGAAAGAAGGGGAAAGGACAGCUCAACUCCAACAUCUUUUGGUUUUCAUUAUAAUUAGAAUAUCGUACAAUUAAGUCUAAUACAGAAAUUACUCAUCUUGCCAGUGGAAAGCAGGCAUGAACAUUGCUUCUAAAGACGUUAAUUAAACAACUGUUCCCUAGUCUUCCUGUGCUAAUAGCGUGUCCUCAGAUGACACCAGCCUUAUUAGUAUCACUGUCAAUUUUCUCCAGUGUAUUUCAGACAAACAGUAAACUUCAUAGCUCAAUUCAGACCACUUUGAUCCAAUAAAAGCAGGGUAACUUAAUAAGGAGUCUCCGGGAUGGUGCUUGGACACAAUGUCUGAAGUAACACUGUGCUUUGGAGUCAACAAAAGUCGAUAUAGAGCUUGGUGUUUUUAUUAUGGAUAUUUAUUUAGCAUUUAUUCAUUGUGUAACAAAGGAGGUCCCACUGUAAGAUUUGAACAAUCAGUAUUCAGUCAGUAAAUACAAGGAUUCUUGACACAUUGUAUUAAAGUGUACAAGUUUUGGGUGAAAUACACUGUGGCCCGAUGCUACAAGUGGUUAUUGUUAAACAAGUACAGGGUCUAUAUUUGAGAGUAAAAGCUUUAAAGUGAGUUGUUGGAGGAGCGUACAUGAUCUGCUUGUCUCCAUAGAGAUGAUCUUGCUUUGCCUAAUACUUAUAAUGUUCCACCAAAUUUAUUUGAUUACAGGUUUGUUAUUACUCUUUAUUAAUCACUUGAAAACAAGAUUUUUUACUCUGAGAAAUCAUCUCUCCACAGAUGAGAUUAGUAACAUGACCUGGUGGCGCCACCUGCCACCGUUUUACUGUGGAACGUUUCAGGCAAAGCAAUAGUGCUCAAGUGACUGUAUACCCUUACAAGACAGUCAUUUAUAAGUACUACAUUUACUUUUUUCUUGUCUGGGAUGUUAAAUUAUUAUAGGUUAAUUGAUACAUUGUGUGUCUUGGUGUAUCUGAAUACACUUUUGUUGCGUGCAAUUUACUAUCGCACAACUGGGCAAAUACAGAUAACUACACCACAUAGCAACAGCUGCAUCUAUAAGUGAAAAGGAAGGAAAAUACAUCAACCUGAAGAACACAAAGUUUAAUUAAUUGAUGAAUGAAUGAAUGAUGUUCUUUUCUAAUUGAAAUAAAGUGUUUCUCUAAACACC